UAUAAUCGAUGUCCCGUGGUAUGUAGUGUUAUCACCGAUAUUAAUAAAUACAUAUACAAAAUAAUUAGACUUUUUAAAUAAUGUCCAAAUUAAAUAGCAUGCACACAUUCCUUAAUAUUCCACAACAAAUCUUUAUAAGUAUUGUUCAUGUUUUGUAGAGAACUGGACAUGUCUUGCGACAAAUCGUGGAAGAUGAUUGAAAGACGGGUUUUGGGAUGGAUCCGUAAAUACGACCCGAAUGUAGUGCUGUUGUAUCGACCCAAGCCCACAAAGCGGGAUGUGUAUCCUCAAGUUAAGUACAUCGCUUCAAAGAGAUUCCUACCAUUUGUGGCGUCCGAGAGCGUUUUGCAAGGUUUUGUUAACGCUUGCACUACCGAGCUGCCACUGUCAGCCGUUCUACCAGCAUCAAUUAGGGAAGAGAUGGAUAUUAUUUCCCAUGACGCAAUCAACAUGAAUUGUGAUAACAAGAGAGUGCUGAUAAGCAGUCUGGUAAAAAGUUAUAUGCACAAAACGAAAGGUAUUCAAAGGAAUUUCUGGGGCUUGGCAUCCCUUACCCCACCAUUUUGGCCGGAAGGUGUACCAUUCCGAAGCCCAAACACCUGCCGAAACCAACCAGGUCGUGGUCUAAAGAAUGAAGAAAUGAAGAGGGUGCUUCAAUCUUACAUUCAGUGGCGAGAAGACGAGGACGAAAUGGACAUGACUGAGACAAUGACGACGGCAAACGACAUGAAUGGGACUGCGACUAUGACGACGACAAACGACACGAAUGGGACUGCGACUAUGACGACGGAAAACGACACGAACGUGACUGCGACUAUGACGACGGCAAACGACACGAAUGGGACUGCGACUAUGACGACGGAAAACGACACGAACGUGACUACGACUAUGACGACGGCAAACGACAGGAACGUGACUGCGAUAAUGACGACGCCAUAUGACACCGACAUGACUGAGAUGAUCACGACGACAUGCGACACGGUCACGACUGAAACGAUGGCGACAACAUAUGACACGGACAAGAAUGAGACGAUGACGACGACUAACGACAUGGACACGACUGAGAUGAUUGCGACGACAUACGACACGGACACGACUAAGAAGAUAACGAUGAUAUAUAACGACUGA